AUGGGCAAAGUCAGAACAGCAGUCCAUGUCGACAAAAUCUACAACGUGGAACUGGGAUUGAAUCCACAGCCGCAAGGCAAAGACAAUAAGUUUGUCAUCUGUGACAACGGAACGCAUGCACAUCGUCUGUACGAUGGACGACGGCAGGAUGGUAUGCUAGAAUUGUUGAACGAUAAACUCCAGGUCCUCAGAGAAGCAUCCACACUUGCCAGGAAGAACAUCAAGAAAGACCCCCAAGAUGGACAUGUCGACAACCAGACAAAGAAUGUGAUAGCAGGCAGUUUACCGUUCAUUCAGCUUGAGCCUGCAUCGUCUCCUCCCCGACAACUGAAGCUACCUUUUUCUCCCGUCGAUAAAAUACAAUCGUCGAAUCACGCAACCGGGUCGAUGAUCCAUCGAUACGGAACAAACAAAGAGCAAAUUGGCAGAGGCUCAUCUGGAAUCGUCACCGUCACCUUCCGACCUCACUCCGUCGAUCACCCAUCAGGCGGACAGCUUUUUGCUGUAAAAAGGUUCUCUCAGCGGGAAAAAGACUCGACAAAGAAGCAUCUGAAGCGCGUCGGAGCAGAAUUUUGCAUUUCAUCUAGUCUACAACAUGCAAAUAUUAUUCAAACUUAUGACUUGGUACAAGAUACAGAUGGGUCCUUUUGUCAAAUCAUGGAAUAUUGUUCUGGAGGCGAUGUUUAUACUCGUGUGAGAUCUCAAGGCAAGCUUUGUGGGACAGAGGCAAAUUGCUACUUCAAACAACUCCUCCGCGGUCUUGAUUAUCUACAUACAACUGGUGUAGCUCACAGAGACCUCAAACCAGAUAAUCUCCUGCUUACAUGCCGUGGAUGUUUGAAAAUUGCCGAUUUCGGAAAUGCAGAAUGCGUGCGCCUACCUUGGGAGAAAACCAGUCGAUUGUCGUCUGGGCUUUGUGGGUCGUUCCCAUAUAUCAGUCCCGAACAAUAUGUGACGUUGGAUUAUCGUGAUAAGGACUCGCCGUCGUCGCGGUAUUAUUAUGAUGCUCGGGCUGCAGAUGUCUGGGCUGCUGGCAUUAUCUAUUUGGACAUGCGAACGGGACGGCAUGCAUGGCGAUUUGCUGUCUUUGAACAAGAUGAAGAUUUUGCAGAAUAUGUGAGAAGCAUUCAGGAAUCUGGGACAUGGGAGCCUAUAGAAAUGCUGCAGGGGGAGCUCUGUCGUCAAACGAUAUACUCUAUGCUAACAUUAAACUGGAAGAAUAGACCCAGUACAAGUUCAUUAAUCAUGUCCGAGUGGGUGCAGAAUAUACAUGUAUGCAAAGCGGCGGAGGGCAAUGAUUCUCUGUAG